UGAGCUCAGGUGACACACUGGAGAGCUAUUACAGCCUGCUGCCCUCUCCAGGGACCAUGAUGCCCUGCUGGUUCUGUGUGUGAGUGUGUGAGAGACAGCGGACAGCGAGCAGACGGCUGUCUGUGUCCUGCGGUGUUUGCGUCUCUCUUCUGCAGAGAUGGCUAAUCUCAAACUAAAACAUUGGAUCAGCAUCAGAAUCUGCGCUGUCAUAGUAGCUCUGUUCCUUAUUUAUGCACAAGUUUUUUCUAGACAAAGCCAGUGGAUGCAAACAGAAAAACGAGAGCUCCUGAUGUCCACAGAGAUCCCAGCAGAGGACAUUGACCCUGCCUCUAUAGAUCUUACAGGACUCGUCAACACACUCAUCAAUUCUUCACAACCAGGUUCACAGCAUCUUUUCUCUUUACUCAGUGUGACGUCACACAGUUCACUCUCUCUCCACAAGCUCACGCUGCUGGUCUACAAUAUCUCAAACUUUCAGGACAUUGAGAGCAGUUUAUUUUCCUUGAGAUACUGUUACUGUCUGACAAACAGGACCAAUGACCUCACAGAUUUCACGGCUAUUCUAUUGGAUGUAAUGGGAAAUUCCACCAGUUACCUGCAAGAACUAUUUAAGUCCAACUCUAUACUUUCAGUAAGUCAGAAGAACAGCUCUGAUUGCAUAUAUAUCUGUGUCAUGGCUGGAAAGACAGACAGUGAUUUGUCUCAGCUGUGGGAUAUGGGCUCAGUCACACCUUUGUUUAAUCAGACCAUCACUGAGGAAAUACCCAGAGGCAAUAUGACAUUUCCAAUGCUGCCGUUUGUAGUGUGGCAUGACCUUCCAAACAACAGUGACCUGGUGCUGUGGCCUAAAGCCAGUACAGAUUCCUACAGGAGCAGAGUGUCAACCAGCGACGAAUCCAAAACAGUCUUGCCAACCACUUUCGCAACAAUGACAUCAUCACCCCUUAUUAGCUCGUCAGUAGCCCCUCCCACUACAGUCACUCUGACGACCACUGCUACUGUUUCUAUGACAAACGCAUCCACUAGCCAUCUCACAACUGCUGUGAUAACCCAGCCAAAAGCUGAAACCAUGACAACACAGCCAACAAAAUCACCACACGCGACUGUGACCACGGUAACCUCACAGACCAUCGCUACCAUGGUGACCGCAACAAUUUCACAGCCAACUCAGAGACAAACAACCAUGACAAGCAUCCAGCAGCUUACUAAAGUAUUGCAUACAGAAAAACCAGGAUGCCCAUGGAGAAUGGAGCUACUUCGUCAAGGAAGUGAAAAAGAGGACCUGAAAGAGACCCUUGAAGAGGAGCCGAUCUGGGGCAGGGCGACUAUCAGCUCAGUGAAGCUGCAGCCAUGUGUGUUUGAGCUCUGCAAGUUUUACUCUCAGUGUGUGUGCAGAGGAUUCAGUCACAGAGCAGUAGAGUUACGGAGAUACUGUGUGGACAGCCAUCGCUGGUACGAGAGACAUACAGCAGAGGUUUGCAGUCGAAUGAGGAGAGUCACUUUUUCCAAAAAUCUGAAGCAGAAAUGUCUGGCAAGAAUGUGUGUGAAGAUAUAAGACAAGAACUGAGAAUCAUUUGCGGUGACAGACAUCUGAACCAUCUGAAAUCCAGAAUGUGUGUGUGUAUGUGUGUGUGUGCGUAAGAGAGAGAAACGUGUUCUGUUAAACAAUGAACUACAUUAAAGCAUCUCUGAAUCUGAAUAGUAGUGUGCAAAUCUAUAGUGUCGACAUUGUACUUUGUCUCUCCUGUCCUGAACACGAAUAAAACCAAACAUAUUUACCC